CGGUAUUUUAGUGCCUAGGGGUAUUUUGAAUCGGAACGGUCACACGCGUCACUACAAUUUCUGGACGCGAUUUCGUGGGAAUCUUCGAUGGAAAUGCGUCUGAAUGCGGCUUCCAUAUGGCUGCUAAUACUGUCGUAUGGAGCUAUUAUUGCUCAAGGAGAACGAACUCGCGAUAAGAUGUACGAGCCCAUUGGAGGAGCUAGCUGUUUCCGGCGUCUCAAUGGCACCCACCAGACAGGCUGUUCCUCAACGUACUCCGGUUCCGUGGGCGUACUCCAUCUGAUAAACAUCGAGGCCGACCUGGAAUUUCUACUGACCAGUCCACCAUCGCCACCAUAUGCCCCGCUGAUACCACCUCACCUGUUCACACGCAGCAACCUGAUGCGCCUGAAGGAAGCCGGACCAAAGAACAUUUCUGUGGUGCUGCUGAUCAACCGCACGAAUCAGAUGAAGCAGUUCUCGCACGAACUCAACUGCCCCAAUCAGUACAGUGGCCUGAACAGCAGCAGCGAGACCUGCGACGCCAGCAAUCCAGCCAAAAACUGGAAUCCCUGGGGCACUGGACUGCUGCACGAAGACUUUCCCUUUCCCAUCUACUACAUAGCCGACUUGGAUCAGGUGAACAAGCUGGAGAAGUGUUUCCAGGACUUCAACAACCAUAACUACGAGACGCACGCUUUGCGUAGUUUGUGCGCCGUCGAGGUCAAGUCCUUUAUGUCAGCCGCUGUCAACACCGAGGUCUGUAUGCGCCGCACCAACUUCAUCAAUAAUCUUGGUGGAAGCAAGUACUGUGAUCCGCUCGAGGGACGGAAUGUGUACGCCACCUUGUACCCCCGAAAACCAGCAGUGGAAAACAACUUGGAGACAGUCCAUACGAAUGAAAAGUUCAUACUAGUUUCCUGCAGACUGGACACCACCACCAUGUUCGAUGGCGUUGGUCUUGGAGCCAUGGACUCACUCAUGGGAUUCGCGGUUUUCACCCAGGUGGCGUAUCUUUUAAAACAAUGGAUUCCGCAAAGCUCGUUGUCCGAUCCUCUUCAUAAUGUGCUGUUUGUGACUUUUAAUGGCGAAUCCUAUGACUACAUUGGAUCUCAGAGAUUUGUAUACGACAUGGAGAAACUCCAAUUUCCUACUGAGUCCACAGGCACGCCGCCAAUUGCCUUCGACAAUAUCGAUUUCAUGCUGGACAUCGGUACACUGGAUGACAUAUCGAAUAUUAAGCUGCAUGCAUUGACUGGAACACCUCUGGCUCAGAAAAUUCUGGAGCAGCUGAACAACUAUGCGAAGUCACCGCGCUAUGGCUUUAACCUGAACAUUCAGUCCGAGAUGAGCGCCCACUUACCACCUACGUCGGCGCAAUCCUUUCUGCGACGUGAUCCAAAGUUCCAUGCUCUGAUUCUGAACGCUCGGCCAACCAACAAGUAUUAUCAUUCCAUCUACGAUGAUGCGGACAACGUUGACUUCACCUAUGCGAACACAAGCAAGGACUUCACCCAGCUGACGGAAGUGAAUGACUUUAAAACCUUGAAGGCAGACUCACUGCAAAUGAAAGUGCGGAAUGUGUCUUCUAUUGUGGCCAUGGCACUAUAUCAGACGCUUACUGGAAAGGAGUACACUGGCACCAAGGUGGCCAAUCCCUUGAUGGCAGAUGAGUUCCUUUACUGUUUCUUGCAAUCGGCGGACUGCCCACUUUUUAAGGCCGCAUCUUAUCCUGGCAGCCAGUUAACCAAUUUGCCUCCGAUGCGAUACAUAAGCGUCUUGGGCGGCUCUCAAGAGUCAUCGGGAUAUACGUAUAGAAUUCUGGGCUAUCUUCUGUCGCAGCUGCAGCCAGACAUUCCUAAAGAUAACUGCACCGACUUGCCGCUGCACUAUUUCGCCGGCUUCAACAAUAUCGGCGAGUGUCGACUCACCACGCAGAACUACAGUCACGCCCUGAGUCCAGCUUUUCUUAUUGAUGGCUACGAUUGGAGUUCCGGCAUGUAUUCCACAUGGACUGAAUCCACCUGGUCACAGUUCAGUGCUCGCAUCUUCCUGCGCCCGUCCAAUGUGCACCAGGUCACUACUCUCAGCGUUGGCAUAGUGGUGCUGAUCAUAUCCUUCUGCUUGGUGUAUAUAAUCAGCUCACGAUCGGAAGUCCUCUUUGAGGAUUUGCCGGCAAGCAAUGCCGCAUUAUUUGGUUGAUGUCACAACUGCCACAGCGACGAAAUCAUCGCGUUCAGCAGCUCAUUCCAUAGAUUUCUGCAUGCGUAAACGUUAGUUGUAAACCGAUCGAUUAAAUUCUCUGAUUUAUGCGUGCCCUUUUAGAUUGCCGCGGCCGACAGCCUGUUAAAUCUUCAAGAAUAUCUGAGCACAUGCCGAAGAUGAUUGGGGUUGCUGAAUAUGAUCUAAAACGAAAAACAGACUUAACAAAGACACUAAAAUGAUA